UUAAUCUCGAGUUGUUGAUGUUUUCAACCGGAGGGAUCUUCUAUAAACAGCAGAUCUGGAGAUCCUCUGGCUGAAGACACACUUGUUGUUUGACAGUCUGAUGAAGAUGAUCCUCUCUGCUGUUCCCAACGAUGAAGGUUUGUUCUUUGUAAAAAAACUUUCCAGCUGUUUUAGAGGAUUUAUCAGAACAGAAGCGGCUUUGUUGAGCUUUAUUUAGAUCACUUGCAACUUGGAAAGUCAUCUGGUUCAAAUCCCUUUGACUGCCACUCUGGGCUCCUGAGCAAGACGUUUAGCAUCAGAUGGUCCCUGAAUGCUGCUCAGGCAGCCCACAGAGGACAAGGUUCACUGGAAAAAACCGAAGCUGCACUGAUAUGCGAACAUGAUGAUGUUUGUGUGGAACGCGGUGAGGAAAGGCGGCGUAAUGAGGCAUGCAGAAAGUGUUGCGCUGCUGGAAAGCAAAGUUCUCAAAGGAAAUCCCACUGACACAUAACAGGGAGUCCCCAACAUGCCAACCAGCAGCUGGUGUCACUGCGGCUUUAACCUGUGAACGCACAACACAACCAGCAGACAUGGACUUCAGCGGCACCUGGAAGGUCUAUUCUGAGGAGAACCUGGAGGAGUUCCUCAAAGUCAUAGGAGCUCCUGAGAUCAUCGUGAAGAUGCGUAAGGAUGUGAAACCAGUGAUGGUGAUCGAGCAGAAUGGCAUGGACUUCACCUGCACCAUGAAGACUCCGUUCUGCACCAGGGUCAACCACUUCUCCAUCGGGAAGGAGUCGGAAAUCUGCUCUCUGGAUGGCAGGAAGUUGAAGUGCACCGUCAGGGAAGAAAACGGGAAGCUGAUAUGUGAGACCAACAAGUUCACUUCUGUCCGAGAGAUCCAAGGCGACGAGAUGAUCGAGAUGGCCACAGCUGGAACUGUAACCUUCAUCAGCAGAAGCAAACGAGCCUGAGCGGCACAGGAGCCACUGCAAGCAGCUCUGGAUGUCUCCUCCUAAAGAUGUUGAUAUUUAUUUGAUCACAAAUACUGUUAGAAUAAAUAAAGAUUU